GGUUGGCUGUACAGUUGUCAUUUGUUUUGUUAUGCUGCGCAACGGGUUGACAGGUGACAUUUUGACAUAUGAUACUCAUGAUUGACAUUUAUACAAAAAUUAUAAAUAAUGUAUUAUUUGGCGAAAUUCUGUCGGAUUUGUAUAAAAACGGGCGUAAAAUUAGUGGACAUAAACACCGUCGACUUUGACUAUGUGACAUUUGGCGAGAAGCUCGAGCUGUGCACGAAAAUGGUUAUCAACAGAGAAAGUUUGUCCACACAGAUUUGUUUACAGUGCGUUAAGAAGUUGCGGCAGAGCUACGACUUCCACAAUAUGUGUAAACAGUCGACGAAAAUCCUCCAGGGGUACCUGACGGAGCUGAUCAGCAGCUCGAACAAAAUCAGCGCCGACAAUUUCGUCAACUCGGAACUGAGGGUCACGAUAACCCCCUUGGGGAAAAAUGUGUUCAAGCGGAAACGCAUCACGAAGAUGCAGAGGUGCUCGCUGUUGAAGAAGCUGCUGCUGUCGAGGAAGCACUCGAUACGGAAAGAAAAGGGGCCGCCGAGGAAGCGGCGGGUGUAUAAGCAGGCGCACAGGGGCGGCGGGCUGCGGAACAUCAUCGAGUUCACCAAGAAUUUCGACUUCGGGUAUAAAUACGACGGUAAUCACAACAAUUGUUUGAUGAGCGACGCCUCCCCUUUGAGUCGCUUGACGAACUUCACUAACACCUUUUUUCUCAACAAUUUUGCUGAAUUCAGGAACACGAUACUCUACAUUAUCGAGAAUAAAGACAACUUGUCGGAGAGCGACGACGACGACGACAUGUUCGACUCGUAUAUUCCGGAGCCCGGGGACGGCGAGGUGAAGAGCGAGGAGGUGGUGGUGGAGCCCGACAUCAAAAUCAAGACGGAGUACGACUACGACGACGGCGAGCCCAACUUUUCGUGCAAUUAUUAUGUAGAGACUUCGUACAGCGACACGGAGUGCAAGAAGGAGAACUUCGAGGUGGAGGAGAAUCCGAUAAUCAAGCAGGAGCCGCUGGAGUACGACGAGGAGCCCCAGAAUUCCGUAGAAAUGUUAGAUAAGUUAGUGGGGAAUUUGGGGCAGCAGCGGAGGGCGUUUUCUCAUCACAGUGUCCGGUGUCGAACUAGAGGAAACCCUUAUAUUAAUCCAAAGUUAAAACAGCAGUUUCUGUAUAAAAGUUUCCAGUGUGAGAAAUGCAAUCGGUAUUUUAAAAGUCCGGGCUAUCUCAAGGCUCACGUCUCGAAGAUACAUUCUUGAGCUGGCCUUCGCUUGACGUUUCUUUCGUGGCGCCCUCUGGAGGUUGGUACUGCUUGGGGGAAAAACUGAGGCCCGCUUCUCACAAGAAUUAAUUCUCGCCACUACAUUAGUGAUGAUAUAAGAAUUAAUUCUUUGCCAUUGGUCAAUCGCGCGAUAAUUCGAUGACAUGACUUAAGUCGAAUUAUCAGGUUUGGAGAAAUUCUCAUAAAAAUUGUUAACGGUUUCGCGACGUUUUUGUUACAAGUGAAACCGCCACCUUUCACCGUACGUACUAUUAGAACAUUAAAAAUUGGUAAGGCUAAACUGUAUUGUGAUGUUGCUAUUUGCUGGGGACGUGUUCAGCCGCCGACGAUGUAAAAAUAAUGAGGUCGGUGCAAUUGUACAUAAUUCUUGUUUAUAUUUAUGGCUUGCGCAUCUCCGCGUUUCCAUUCGACAUGUUAUGAAGAUUUUAGCGUUUCUAUGACUAAUGUUAGACUAAGCCUUUUCAACGAGAUGAAUUCCGACUCAUCGUCGUUUUAAUCCGAAUUUAUAGAUGUGUGAGUAAGUGUAAACUAGGUUAGUGCAUCGUAAUCAAAAACAUCAGUAUUGCAAUAUCUGCCAAGCAUCGAAAUUCUAUUCAACAUUGGUGUCCGCUGUGUAAAUUAUAUUUUUGAUAUUAUUCACCCCUCUUUUUACUUCAUCUCUUGUUUACUUCAAUUGUUACUUGUUUUAUAUAAUUUUUAUAUAUUUUUUUUAUUUUUAUGAUAGCAAGAAAUAAACUAUCCUUUUGAGUGUGUCCGAGUUUGAAUGUAGAGGUCGAACGUAGAAUAGCAAGGGGUUAAAUAGAUGGGAACGAUUUUUCUAGUUUGUGUUUGUGACGAGGGCGGCGCUGGUGUCGUCCAGAGAAAACGGCCAGAAAUGUAAUUAAAUCGAUGAAACUUCGACUACUAGAGUUACCAAGUACAAGAAUUUUCCGAUAUUAAUACCUAAACUUUUUCCAUUAUGUUUUGUUAUCAUUUGAAAGCUUUAAUUUUUUAGUCUUUAAAAUUAUGCUGGUUCAUUCCAGAAGGUUGCUCGCUCAACUCCCUUCCACUUGCCAGUGUGUGGUAUUUUUCUGUAUAAUAAAGGAUAGUUUCUCUUCAAAAAUUAACAACUUUGAGACUUUUAUCUUUCAGCUAAAUAAAUAAAAAAUUGUGUUUAUGAGA